UCUAUAAAUGUCAACAUUUCGUUGUCAAAAUAUCAAAAUAAACAUCAAAGAUCUUGAAUAACAUGCAAUUUCCUGUGAAACCUUACAAAAAUGUUAAUACAUUCCAAAAAUAGUGUGUAGUAUUAAAUUUACAGAAUAAAAAUACGAUAAAUUAUCAUUUGAAAAUGCUUUCGCGUUGUCGGAGUGUUAUCAAUAAAGGCCACAGUUCCUGUAGGUUUCUCAGCGAAAAUUUAAACGUUGAAGUUGCUCAGAAUUUUCCGAAGGAUACCCGUGUUGUGAUAUGUGGUGGAGGGGUAAUGGGGGCCUCUGUGGCCUACCAUUUAGCCAAACUCGGAUGGGGAAAAGAUACAGUAUUAAUUGAACAAAGCAGGGUUGGAGGAGGCACAACGUGGCACGCAUCAGGUCUUAUAGGCGUUUUCAAACCCAGCCUUGCUCAAGUUAAAUUAACCAAAUAUAGUGUUGCCCUGUAUGAAGAAUUGGAGAAACAAGGCCUGUCAACAGGAUGGAAACAAUGUGGCAGUCUGAACGUAGCAAGAACCAGAGACAGAAUGACCAUAUUCAGAAGAAUGAGAGCACAAGCUGUGUCUUGGCAUAUUGAUUGUGCAAUUUUAACGCCUGAUCAAUGCAAAGAAAAAUGGCCAUUGUUGAACACCACAGAUCUUCUUGGUGGACUCUGGAUACCUGGAGAUGGUGUCGGCGAUCCAUACGAAACGUGUUUGUCGAUUAUUUCUGAAGCUAAACGAAUGGGUGUCCAAGUCAUAGAAAAUUGCACUUUAAAGAAGAUCCAUCAGACCAAUCAAAAAGUCACGGGUGUUGAAACUGAUCAAGGGAGUAUAAAGUGCGAAUAUUUUGUCAAUUGCGCCGGGUUUUGGGCUAGAGGAGUUGGACAAUUAUCGGAACCUUAUGUCAAAGUUCCUCUUCAUGCAGUUGAACAUUAUUAUCUCCAUACCAAACCUAUACCAUCAUUGGAUGCGAUGUUACCAGUGUUAAGGGAUCAAGAUGGAUACAUAUACUUGAGGGAAAAUAAAGGACGAUUACUAGCUGGUGGAUUUGAACCACUUGCAAAACCUGCUUUUGAAGAUGGAACUAUUCCAGCAAGCAGUAAGGAGCGUCAGCUACCAGAAGACUGGGACCAUUUCCACGUUUUGCUAGAACAACUUAUUCAUAGAGUACCAAGUUUGGGCAAUGCUGUACUCGACAAACUUUGCAACGGACCUGAAGCCUUCAGCCCUGACUGUAAAUGGAUUGUCGGCGAAGCUCCGGAAAUAAGGAAUUAUUUGAUAGCUGCUGGAAUGAAAACUGUAGGCAUAGCUGCAGCUGGGGGUGUAGGUAAAGCCACCGCCGAAAUAAUAGUAAAUGGAGACACGGAUUUCGAUAUGUAUGAAUUAGAAGUUUCGAGGUUUUUAGGGUUGCAUAAUAACCGUAAAUUUUUGAGAGAUAGAGUCAAAGAAGUGCCUGGGUUGCAUUACGGACUGAUAUAUCCAUUCCAUGAAUUUCAGACAGGUAGGAAUCUUCGAAUGUCUCCAGUUUAUCCAAAAUUACGAGAAGCUGGAGCCGUUUUCGGUCAGGUUAUGGGCUAUGAACGGCCUACAUGGUUUGAUCCAGCACAUGUAGGUGUAGAUCAAGAUGCUCAAGAUUGGUCGACGCCUUACAGAAUGGCUUAUACAAACACCUUUGGUAAACCGCCUUGGUUCGAUUUUGUAGCUAAAGAAUAUCAAGCUUGCCGAGAAAGCGUAGGAAUAAGUGAUUAUUCCUCUUUUACAAAAAUAGACCUAUGGUCCAAGGGAAAUGAAAUCGUUGAUGCCCUGCAGUUUGUAUGCUCAAACGACGUAGAUGUACCUGUAGGUAGUAUAAUCCAUACCGGUAUGCAGAAUCGACAUGGUGGUUACGAAAAUGAUUGUUCUUUAGCAAGGAUAUCUGAAAACCAUUACAUGAUGAUUGCACCGACCAUCCAACAAACGAGGUGCAAAGUGUGGCUUCAGAAUCAUCUUCCUCCGACCGUCACCAUGUCCGACGUCACUAGUAUGUUCACCGCGCUGUGCAUUAUGGGCCCUUUCACGAGACAAUUGCUGUCCGAAUUGACUGAUACGGAUUUGAAUCCCAGAAAUUUCCCGUUCUUUACGUUUAAGAUGUUAGACGUUGGGUUGGCCAAUGGCAUUAGGACUAUGAAUCUCACACAUACUGGAGAAUUAGGUUAUGUGAUGUACAUACCAAACGAGUUCGCCUUACAUGUAUAUUCAAGUCUGAUUCAAGCUGGUGAAAAAUAUGGAAUUACCCACGCUGGUCAUUACGCCACAAGAGCUCUUAGAGUUGAGAAGUUCUACGCGUUUUGGGGACAAGAUCUGGACACUACUACCACUCCGUUGGAAUGUGGACGAGUGUGGAGAGUCAAAUUUGAUAAAAAGGUCGAUUUUAUUGGAAGAGACGCUCUGUUAAAACAACGAGAGGAAGGUGUAAAGAGGAUGUAUCUGCAGUUAAUUUUAGAGGAUCAUGAUAUGGAAACGGAUUUAUGGCCUUGGGGUGGAGAACCGAUUUAUAGAAAUGGGAAAUACGUUGGAUUGACUACGACCACUGGUUAUGGAUUUACUUUCAAAAAACAGGUGUGCCUUGGAUUUGUUGAAGACUACGAUCAGAAUGGUAAUAGACAGCAAGUUACAACCGACUUCAUUAAUAAUGGAGAUUUUCAAAUUGACGUCGCUGGUAUUAAGUAUUCCGCGAAAGCCAACAUUCACUCCCCGAUUCUUCCUACAAAGCAUCCUGACAAAGAACGUGACGCUUACCAAGCAACAAGAGCUAAGAUCGUUGAUGAAGGUGCUCCGCAAAUCGUUAAGGCUGUGUAAAGUGACUAAAACCAUUUGAUUUUUCUCUCUCAAGUGUGUACAUAUUUUUAAGUUAAU